UGCUCCGCCGGCGCCCUGGGCCUGCAGCCGGCCACGCAGCGGCGGGAGCGCGCGCCCCGGGGCGGCGGCGUCCUGGAGACCCCCGAGCGAUGGAAGCGGCGGCGCCGGCGGCGGCCGAGGCGGCUGGGCGCGAGGAGCUCGAUAUGGAUGUCAUGAGGCCCUUAAUAAACGAGCAGAAUUUUGAUGGGACAUCGGAUGAAGAACAGGAGCAGGAGCUUCUGCCUGUUCAGAAGCAUCACCAGCUUGAGGAUCAAGAGGGUAUUUCGUUUGUACAAACUCUUAUUCAUCUUCUUAAAGGAAAUAUUGGAACUGGUCUGUUAGGACUUCCACUAGCAAUAAAAAAUGCAGGCAUAGUGCUUGGACCAAUCAGCCUUGUGUUUAUAGGAAUUAUUUCUGUUCACUGUAUGCACAUUUUGGUACGUUGCAGUCACUUUCUAUGUCAGAGGUUCAAAAAGUCAACAUUGGGGUAUAGUGACACGGUGAGUUUUGCUAUGGAAGUAAGUCCUUGGAGUUGUCUGCAGAAGCAAUCAGCAUGGGGGCGGAAUGUGGUUGACUUUUUUCUGGUGAUAACACAGCUGGGAUUCUGUAGUGUGUAUAUUGUCUUCUUAGCUGAAAAUGUGAAACAAGUGCAUGAAGGGUUCCUGGAGAGGAAAGUGUCUGUUUUGAAUAGUACCAAUUCAUCAAGUCCAUGUGAGAGGAGAAGUAUUGACCUCAGAAUAUAUAUGCUUUGCUUUCUUCCGUUUUUAAUUCUUUUGGUCUUCAUUCGUGAGCUCAAGAAUCUGUUUGUGCUUUCAUUCCUUGCCAACAUAUCCAUGGCUAUCAGUCUUGUGAUAAUUUAUCAGUACGUUGUUAGGAAUAUGCCAGAUCUCCACAACCUUCCAAUAGUGGCUGGUUGGAAAAAAUACCCCCUCUUUUUUGGUACUGCUGUAUUUGCUUUUGAAGGCAUAGGAGUGGUCCUUCCACUGGAAAAUCAAAUGAAAGAAUCAAAACGCUUCCCCCAGGCAUUGAAUAUUGGCAUGGGGAUUGUCACAGCACUGUAUGUAUCAUUAGCUACUUUAGGAUAUAUGUGUUUCCACGAUGAUAUCAAAGGCAGCAUAACUUUAAAUCUUCCCCAAGACGUGUGGUUAUAUCAAUCAGUGAAAAUUCUGUAUUCCUUCGGCAUCUUUGUGACAUAUUCAAUUCAGUUCUAUGUUCCAGCAGAGAUAAUUAUCCCUGUGAUCACAUCCAGAUUUCAUGCUAAAUGGAAGCAUAUAUAUGAAUUUGCAAUAAGGUCCUUCUUGGUUACUAUUACUUGUGCCGGCGCGAUCCUCAUUCCUCGGUUAGACAUUGUGAUCUCCUUCGUCGGAGCUGUGAGCAGCAGCACGCUGGCCCUGAUCCUGCCGCCCCUGGUUGAAAUUCUCACGUUCUCUAAGGAGCACUACAGUAUAUGGAUGGUCCUGAAGAACGUUUCCAUCGUGUUCACUGGAGUUGUUGGUUUCUUAUUAGGGACAUAUGUAACUGUUGAAGAAAUUAUUUAUCCUACUCCCAGAGCUAUCACUAGCACUCCGCACGGUCCCUCUUUAAAUUUGAAUUCGACAUGUUUUACAUUGGGUAUGAAAUAGUAGAAGCAGAGAUGUGAGUCUUCGGUUUGGAAAUUAUUUAAGAACCACUAGGACACAUUGGCAGUACUGAUAAGCUACCACAUAUUUCUUGGUUUUAAAUAUUAGAAGCAAUUUCAAAAAUUUUAGUUUUGAAAAUCAAAAAAAUUAAAAUGUUAAAUAAUUAAAGAAAUACUGUUACUUGUCUUUCAGUCAGAAAUGAUUCAACCGAGAUUCUUUUACCUCCAUGCUAUUCUUUUAUCACCUGGUUGAGGAGAGAACAGGGUUUCAGCAUUAAGAGGAUUAAAGAAGAAGGUAUAUGCUGCUGCUACUAAGUCGCUUCAGUCGUGUCCGACUCUGUGCGACCCCAUGGACGGCAGCCCACCAGGCUCCCCCGCCCCUGGGAUUCUCCAGGCAAGAACACUGGAGUGGGCUGCCAUUGCCAACUAAAAUCUGACCACCCUAAUGAAUUUCAAAGUAUACUUCAUGUUAGUAUAGAAAUAUCUCAAUUGUGUUUUUAUUAGAGAGCCAGAUACUUAAUGUUUACCCUUUGGAAGUUUAGAAAACCCUCAUUAGCCAUGAUGUAAGUGUCAGAAAAUCCCCCAAACAGAAUUAUUUUUAGCUGAUCUUCACAAUGCAAAUCAAGAGGGCCUGUGCAAGAGUCUGACUUAGUGUUUCAACCAGAUAUGAAAGAGACUUUAAAAGUUGUGAAAUACAAAUUCCCUUGUCCUUUUUUAACCUGUGGAAAUAAAUACCCCCAGGAUGGUUAAAGUUAACAUGAUUGAGACCACUCAGCUUGAGAGAGAACCUGAUCUUUGGAUUCCUGGUCCAGGAUUUUUUAUCUUUCCCGUCACAUCCUAGAAAAAGAAUAAAUUAUGUUCAGUUCAACUUUAGUGUUAAGUCGGUUUAAUAUGAUGUUUGCCAAGUGCGUGUGACCUGAGCAGACAGUCAGGGAGCUCUGAAAAGCCUGCAGCGCAGCCGUGGGGCAGAAGCAGCGCUUUAAUGAGCCAGUGGAAACACUGGCUUCUGGCAGGUGGACGGUGCACAGCUGUCCUGUGUGUGGCUUUAGCUGUCCUUUGUUUCUUCGUUUCUAGGUUUGUAGGUACUAUCUUUCCUAAUGACAAAAAAAAAUAGAUACCUGGCGUGAUACAGGACCUGUGCCCUCUUUCUGGCCUUAUGGCCUUCCUCAUCAGAGCCUUCUGUUGCUCCACAUGGGCAAAAUAAGAGAAAGAUUCAAGCCAAGGGAAAAUUGAGACAAUAAUAAACUGUUAAAUACUGAGAGCUCCAGGCUUCUUCCAGAGAAAUGCAUUCUAUUCCAUUCCUCCAUAUUUUUCAAGCCCAGUUAUUAACCAAAACAAAGAAUCUCAGUGGGCAUGGAAGAUGAAAAUGGUUAAAUUUAAAAUUGAGAAUCUUAAUUUUUUUAAAAUCAUAAUUUAAAACAUUGAAUUUUUUAGUCAGGUUGGUGAAAGAGAUCACCAAGAUCACUGCAAUGUAUAUAGUCUCUAUUUUUGUAUGUAAAUGUCAGUUCAAGUAUUUUUUGCUUACAUCAUAGAGUCGAGCAUAAUCCUAAAGGUAUAUCAGAAACUUUGUUUUGGUACAAAUUCAUCAGCAUCAAAACUUUUAAAAAAACAUUUGCGUCCAGAAUCACCAAUAAUUGUUUAUGACACUUUUAUGUCAAAUCUGUUAUGUUGAACUUUUAGUCAUGUUGGGAAAAUGUGGAAGAAAUUGUAGGAAGAGUAAUUGCCAUUGAAGCGAAUGUUGUAUAAUCUUGAAUAUAAGAGUAAAUUAGGUAUUUUUUUUAAGAUAUGUAACUUGGUAUAAAGUGACUUGAAAACUAUUAUAGAAUACAAAGCACUAUUAGAGUUUUUGUCAGCUGUAUCAGAUAAUAUUUCUAGUCUGUGUGAAAUUUUAUUUUUGUAGUUUUGCCUUUGUUUUCUUUAUGAAAUUUAUCAACUUUAGUGAAAUAUCAAAUGUUUGAUCAUAGCAACAUAUAAAUCUUAAUUUAUAUAUUGUGAACAAAUGUUGAGUAUAUUUUCAGAGUCAAGUUGAAAUGCAGAAAGGAAGAGGGGGAGAAUAGUUUUAGUUCCUAUCAAGAAACACUAUGUAGACAUAAAUGUACUCUAUGUAAGGAUUUUUGAUGGUUUAUUUCAUUUGCAAAAAAAAUCAGGUAAUAUUUUUCCCUUGAAAAUUAGUUUUAAUGAGUCAUAACAUUUUCUGAAUGUUAUUAGAGAAGAUACUUUGAUCAAACCAGCUAUUGAUUUUAUUUGGGGACCUGAAAAAAUGAGAGUGAUUGCACCUGUCAAAUUUUUUAUCCGGUAUCUUUGGUCCAUUGCAUUCUGGCUGAAAUGACUUCAGCAUUUCAUCUGCCACCACAGUAAAACACCUUUGGAAAGCCAACCAGGUGUCUUAUGAACUUUACUAUUGGAAUGGGGAAGAUAAAGGAAAACUUUAUUCACCCCUGAAAACCUCAGAGAUAAGCCAGUCACCUCUGUUGCUUUCCAGCCAAAAGAGUUUCUCCAGUUUCAAAGCUUAUCAAAACACUGGCUCUCAGACCUUUCUUUUUUAUCAAAGGAUUUAUUUUUCCUUGAAUGGCAUGGUUUCUCCACAAGUGAAGAAAUAAGACCUAGUUUUUCUUAGAGACCAAUUUGCAUAGUGUUGCCAAAUGAAAAACAUACUAUGUUAGCAGAUGCCAUAUUCUGUUUUAAUCCUGUCCUCUGGAUUCUUCUCUGUUGAAAUGAUUUCUGCCUCGUGUCUGUGUGAUGCAGUUAACAUUUCUGUAAGUGUUUUAUGCAGUAUGCAUGUUGUAAAUGUCCUAACGUGGCCUAAUUUCAUUCAGUAUUUUUGUAGUAGUUGUAGAAAAGCUCUCUAACUGUUAAGUGCUAUGCAGAUAUUAAUUGGGAUAUUAAUUGAAGUUCUACGUCAGUGACAUGUCCAGCUGUGGGCAUGCUUUACUCUAGCUUACCUGUGAUAUCUCCUCUGGGGCUGACAUGCCAGAGAGGUCAGAACAGCAGCUGAGAAGUGCAUUUGUUUAUUGAUAAUAUGUUUCCCCUCAUUUCUUCAUUUGCAGGGGAGAAGAUACAUAGCAGAGCUAAUAGAAGUAAUAAAUAAAAUUAUUUAACUGAUACCAGUGGCUCAGUGAAUAUUUUCUGUUGAGAAAAUAACUUGGUAAAAACAAAGGCAAUGCUAUAAAAUGAGUUUUUUUAAAUGAGUAUUUUUAUCUUUUUGUCUCAGUUAUCUCCCCUUCAUAAAACAAUUUAAGAGACUUCAAUCUAAAAGGUAUAACAAGAUACUUCUUAACAUUAAAUGGCUGACUGUAAUAACUAACAAAUUGGCAGUGUGGUUAACCAUAAUCUUAUUUAUGCCACUGGUGCUCACUAGGAUUAACACCAUUCUCAAAGUUGUUGGUUCUGACCUAGGAGAUAAGAAAAACAUACUUUAGAAAUGUUAUUUAUUGCCCUAUGAAAAAAUGAAAUGACAAAUCACUCCUAUUCUUAAAAUUAUAUAUCAAGGUUACCUAGUCCUGAUGUAUCCACAUAUAUACAUUCCAGUACUUUGUGUUAUAUACUAAUAUAAUUUGCCAUUGAAAUUGGAUCCAGACAGAUGUAUGUUGAAAGAUCACCCUGAAAAUGAUUCCUUUAGAGUUUUCUUGAUAACAAAUAGGAAAACACAUGCUUGUACCAUGAAUAAAUUAAGCUGUGGAGUUUUGUUUCUUGAAAUGAUGUUGUUUGUUUGAGUGAAAACUACAUAUCAGUGCACUUGAGUCAAUUAUAUUCCUUUUAACUUAUUUUUCUUUAUAGUAUGAAAAAAUGUCUUCAAAAGUACUGUAACUUCUGAAUUUUCAAUAAAAUAUUAUUUUGCUUGCAAA